AGCUACAAUUUUUGUGAUAUUUCUCACUUUCGGCGCACGUGGAUUAUGUUUUUUUCUCAAAAUAAGAGAAAUUACACUAGAAAAUCUUAUAAUACAGUGAUAAAGUAACUUGUUUAAUAUUAAAACAAAUUUUGUAUAAAAUAUAAAUUAUUUAUUUAUUACUUUAACUAAUAAUUUUAAGAUGUCUAUCGUUUCGUCGCGAAUCAGUAGUGUGGCUUCUAUUUUGAAGACACCUGGCUCGAGAUCAUCACUUCUCGAUCAACCAAAACGUAUUCGUUUCAAGCUCCCUGAUGAUCUUAGAAAUGUUCUUCUAAAUUAUGAAAAUGGAACCGAUUGUCAAAUGUACAAAGAUUUAGUGUGUAUAUUACGGGAUUCAAAUUUAAACAAUAAUGAACUACUUUCAUUGUUAUCUGAUGUUCAACAAUGUAUAACUUUGCUUAAUGAAAGGCAUAGGAUAUUAAUUGAAGCACUACUUAACAUUUCUUGGACGGAUCGUUCAUUAGAAGUAACUACAGCUUACAAAAGAUUUGUAGAAGAACUUUUGGUGGCACACGUAUAUCAUUCAAAAUUGGUCAUGGAAAAAUUGAUUCAAAAAUUUAAACCAGUGAAUUCUUCGGAUCCUGAAUGGGAAAAUGGAAAACCAAGGUCAGAAGAUUUACAGAGAUUAAAUCAUGUUCAUGAUAUUCUUCAACGAUGUCUACAUGUUAUUCCCAUGUGCCACGAUGUUUUAAUGCAGUCAUUAAUGUCAACGUAUCCUCACAUGUCCCUUGGAACACAUUCACACGAAUUAUAUGUUUACGCUUUACUUCAAAUUACUGAAUAUGCACCACAAAUGAGACGAGCAAUAAUGCAUUUGAUAGUAAACAGAUUAGUAGAAUUGGACGCAAAUGCUUCGCCCUCAGAUAUUCACUCAUACGAGGAUGAUGAUGAUGAUGAUGACGAGGAGGAUGACGAGAAAAUGGAAGAGGAUAUUGAUGGUGCAAUAUUUAAUUUAGAAGUUAAUCAAGAUGAGAAAUUGUCAGUUGAAAAGACAAAAAAAGAAACAAAACAUCCAAUUGCACGAACUCUUGACGUUUGUAUGGAACAAAUGUUUGCCUUUAUACAUGAUUCAUGUUAUGUGGAUGGAAAAUUAGACAUUGAACUCAUGAAAACAAUGUACAAUGAUCUAUUGAAUAUUUUUGAGGAAUUAAUUUUGCCCUUUAGUGGACAUCAUGUUCAAUAUCUUCUCUUUUAUUUGUGUAGCUUCAAAUCGGCGGUUGUCGAAGCUUUUGUUAAAUUUCUUUGGCAAAAAAUCUCUAAUCCAAAUGUGCCACAUUUUUUACGACAACAAUCUGUUGCCUAUGUUGUUGGUUUACUCGCACGAGCCACAUUUAUUCCAUUGAAUUUACUUCAAGGUAUCUUGGCUGAUAUGGCGAAUUGGAUCCACAGUUACAUUUAUUCGCAAGACAGUUUUGAAUGCGUUAAUAAUGAUAUUCGUGUUCACAUUGUUUUUUACUCCAUUUGCCAAGGAUUAUUUUAUUUACUCGCUUUCCGUCACAAGGAAAUUAUGAACGGCAAAAAAAAUUUACUAUUUUUACAAGGACUGAAUUUAAAUAAAAUUGUCAGCUGUCGAUUAAAUCCAUUGAAAGUGUGUCAAUCGGCUGUUGUUCAAAAUUUUGCAGCUGUAACAAGAAAAUAUCAAUUGGCCUAUUGUUAUACAGUUAUUGAACAUAAUUCGAGAAGUAAUCUUCCUGUUUAUAAUAUGAAAGCUUUAACGACAAUAACACUUGAUCCAUUUUUUCCAUUUGAUCCAUAUCUAUUGCAAAGAAGUGAACAAAGAAUAUGUCAUCUCUAUUAUAAUAGUCAAUGUAUGACAUUAAAUGUUGAGAGUCCAAAAAAUAAUCAAUACGAAGACGACGAUGAUUUUAUUGACGAAUCAUUUUCACCUGAUACAAAUUCACAUAGUUAUUUGGAAAAAUUUUCUUACGGUACAUCACCAGGUUUUGUACAUACGUAAUAUGUAGAACUGAUUUUCAAUUUUUCAGAAUAAAAAAAAAAGAAAGAAAAAAAUUA